UCUGUCUGUUUCCAUGGCGGAUCUAAGAGCUGCUGUCACUCACGCAGUCCGUUUCGACUGUAAAUAAAACAUAAAUACUGUCAUUUACACAGACUUUACUCCGCCUAGCACAAGAUCAAUAUUGAGGCUUUGGCUUUAGCAGCUUUGGAGCGCCAGUCAUGGCGUCUCUGUCAGAAGAGGUGUUGUUGGUGGUAAAGAGGGUCCGUCAGAAGAAGCAGGACGGGACUCUAUAUCUGAUGGCUGAACGGAUCGUCUGGGGUCCGGAGGGCAAGGACCGCUUCACCGUCAGCCAUCUGUAUGCCGACAUCCGCUGUCAGAAGAUCAGUCCUGAUGGUAAGGCAAAGAUCCAGCUGCAGUUGGUUUUGCACACGGGUGAAAGCACCACCUUUCAUUUUGCCAAUGAAAGCACAGCACUGAAGGACAGAGAAGCCACUAAAGAGCUCUUACAGCAACUCCUGCCCAAAUUCAAGAAGAAAGCAAACAAAGAGCUGGAGGAGAAGAACAGGAUGUUGCAGGAAGACCCUGUUCUCUUCCAGCUUUAUAAGGAUUUAGUGGUGAGUCAGGUGAUCAGCGCAGAGGAGUUUUGGGCCAAUCGGCUGAGCCUGAAUUCUGUAGACCACUCCCUCUCCAACAACAAACAACAGGAAGUGGGCAUCUCUGCUGCCUUCCUGGCCGACAUCAGACCGCAGACGGACGGUUGCAACGGUCUGCGGUAUAACCUCACCUCUGACAUCAUCGAGUCGAUCUUCAGAACCUAUCCAACAGUUAAGCAGAAAUAUGCUGAGAACGUUCCUCACACCAUGACUGAGAAGGAGUUCUGGACGCGGUUCUUUCAAUCUCAUUACUUCCACAGAGAUCGAAUCAACACGGGCCAGCAGGACAUCUUCUCCGAGUGUGCCAAACAGGAUGAAAAAGGUCUGAAGUCGAUGGUGACUCAAGGAGUGAAGAACCCCAUGGUAGAUCUUCUCUCUCUGGAGGAUAAAACGUUAGAUGAUGGGUAUGGCACGGCUACAGUUCCCUCCACUUCAAACGCCACAAACAAAACACUGAGAGAAAACAGCAACUGUGCCAUCAUCAAACGCUUCAACCACCACAGUGCCAUGGUGCUCGCGGCCGGCCUGCGCAAAACGGAAGCCCCCAGUGAUCAGACCAGUGAAACCAGCAGCACAGAUGGUAACUCCAGAGACUCGGAUUUCUUCCAGCCGCCGCUCAAAAAGGUGAAACUACAAGAAGCCAUAGAAUAUGACGACCUGCAGAGCGACUACAGGCCCAAACCGAUUUCUCUAAACCUAAAAAAAUCAGACAGAUACUCACACGGUCCAGUUCCUCUGCAGUCUCAACAUUACACCAGCAGCCAGGACAUUAUGAACUCUAUUAGCAUCAUCCAACAUGAGAUGAAGAGCUAUAAACCCUGCCUGACUCAGGUGAUGUCCAGCAGUGCGGCGAGCUCGGCCAUCACAGCUCUCUCUCCUGGAGGGGUCCUGAUGCAGGGUGGAGGUCAACAGACUGUUAACCAGUUAGUGCCCACUGAUGUUCAAAGUGAGCUAAAGCACUUAUACACAGCAGUCGGAGAGUUGCUCAGACACUUCUGGUCUUGUUUUCCUGUUAACACUCCCUUCUUGGAGGAAAAGGUUAUUAAGAUGAAAUCCAAUCUGGAACGAUUUCAGCUGACUAGGCUCCGCCCAUUUCAAGAGAAAAUCCAACGACAGUAUUUGAGCACUAACCUAACCGGUCAUCUGGAGGAAAUGCUUCAGGCGGCAUACGGUAAAUUCCAAGCCUGGCAAACCCGCAGAAUGAUGAGAAAAACCUGAGAAGAUUGAGAAAAAACUAUUUGCUUUGUAAGAGAGAAAAGACUCUGGGUAAAUAAACAAAAGGGAGAGGAACAAAUAAACACUCUCCCAUCUUGGGCCGACUCGAUCUAGGCGGACUACCAGAGCUGGAGGUGCUUGUGGGCGUGUCUGCCUGGGGGAGGGGCUUGGAGGGCAAAGCUGUCAUCUUAUUCGUCCAUGUGGAGACGGACAGCGGCAGUAACAAAUAACUGUAUUUUCUCUUUAUAUUUCAUUUGUUCACUUCAGUUUUGUUCCGUUUUGCCUUUCCCGUUAUUUCAGUGGAUAAUUUCUUUUCCUUGGUAAGAUGUGAAAUUUUUAACAGUGUUGUAUUUCUACAAUGACCAAACUGGGCGUAAUAAUACCGGUGGAAGGUUUCUCAGGAACUUAUAACGUUUAAUGCAAAGGACUGUUUGAGGAUAAAGCUUUUUAAGUCGAUGAUAAGGAGGACUCAUACAGAUUGGAUAUUGCAAUGCGGUUCAACUCUCCCGAGACGUGAGGAUGGUCGGAGCUCGGCUGCUCGAGACAUGGAAAGGAGAGGGAAUAUAGCAAUACUGUAAAAUAAAAUAAAAAAAUCUCUGUAGUGCUUUAACUGAUCUGUGUGGCACACACACACUCAUCCACACUGCUUUAUAAUCCUUCUGUUCUAGCUGCACUGAGUCGUGGAUGUUAUUUCAUAAUAAAAGCAUCAAGAUUCAUACUGUUA